GACAUCACUAUAAAUAUAAACGUACUUGUGCACAGUCACCGUUGUAUUCUCAUCAUCGUCACAACUGAAUAACAUUAUUUUCGUCAAGAUUUCAUAAUAAUGGAAGACAAUCUUGAUCAGGAUAUUGAGAAGAAGUUGGUUCUUGAACCAUCAGUUGAAGAUGGUCCAACUCCUCAUCCCGAUGAAGCUGAUUCGAAGCCUUUCAGCGACUUUUGGACUUCAGGGAAACAACCGCCGAUCGCAGCAAUGCCUAUUCACAGAGAUUCUGACGUAUACAACAUGAAGCAUAAAGAACGUGGAAAGGCUGUGAUUUUUAAUAAUAAGGAAUUUAAAUUAUCAAACCUGGGAAAGCGAAAUGGGACGGACGAAGACCGGGACAGAUUGCGAGAAAGUUUGAAAUCCCUUGGUUUUGACGUUUGCGUUUAUAAUGACCCUACGAAACGGCAAGUCUUUGAUGUCAUCGACAAAUUGGCUGCGGAUGAUCACUCAGACCGGGACUGCCUCGUAGUUGCGGUGUUCUCUCACGGUGACAAGAAUUUAAUUCAUGCAUUUGAUGACGACUACAAGCCCAACCGACUGUGGGAUGCUUUUGAUGCUAACGUGUGUCCAACAUUAGCAGGCAAACCUAAAAUGUUUUUCAUUCAGGCUUGUCAGGGCGAUCAACUCGAUAGUGGGACCACUAUGAUUCAACACGCAAAAACAAUGGUCGAUUCUGCAGCAGCCAGUCAAAUGGAAUACAGGAUUCCCAAUAAAGCAGAUUUUCUCUUGGUAAAUUCCACAUUUCCAGGAUAUUACUCUUGGAGAAAUACAACACAAGGGUCAUGGUUUAUUCAAGCCUUAUGUGAAGUACUUGAUCAGCACUCGAGUAAAAGGGAUUUUUUAUCAAUGCUCACAAUUGUUAUCAGAAAAGUUGCAUUCAAUUUCGAGUCUUGUGUUCCAGGCUCGCACAUGCAUGGAAAAAAGCAAAUCCCGUUGAUCACAUCCACUUUGACCCGUGAUAUUAAUUUCUUUUAGCUCUGUCACCCUAAAAUUUUGCUACAUUGAAAUUUAACCUUUGUUCGAAUUGUUUGAUUAUAGACGAAAUAAAUUGUGUUAACGUA